GGGUGGGGCGAUGUGGGGUGAUAUGGGGCAACGGAGCAUCGUGCGGGGUUACAAUGGCGGAUCAAUGGCUGAGCAAUGGCCGCCAAUGGAGGAUCAAUGGUGGCCAAUAGCGGAUCAAUGGCGAAUCAAUGGCCGCCAAUGGCAAAUCAAUGGCGGCCAAUGGCAGAUCAAUAGCGGAUCAAUGGCCACCAAUACCGGAUCAAUAGCCACCAAUGGCGGAUCAAUGGCGGCCAAUAGCGGAUCAAUGGCUGAUCAAUGUCGGCCAAUGUGGGCCCGUAGCGGCGCCCUGUCGGUGCAGCAGCGCGCUCUGCUGGCGGCCAGGCCGCACUAGGCCGCACUAGGCCGCACUAGGCCGCGCGGUACCGGGUGCUGUCCGCCCGGUGCCCAGCGGUGUCACAGCCCCACCGGCUCCAUGUCGGGCCCCGCUUUGGGCACAGCGGGCAGUUACCGCCCGGCACGGACCUCACCAGGGCGGCGGCUCCGCCCGGACACGCGGAGGAACCGCUCACGUUCCGGCCUCCAUUCCAAGAUGGCGUCCCCCUGUCCCAGCGCCACUUCCGCCUUCCCUCACGUGACCGCAGCGCUUCCGCUUCCUGUCACGUGCCCCGCCGCCAAGAUGGCGCUGUGCAGGGUGGGCCGCUGCGGGGCUUUGCGGCCUAGUGGGCCCGCGCCGCCCGUCCUGAAGGCCUUGAGGCCGCCCCCGCUGCUCCCCGUUCCCAUCAGGGCCGUUUCCCGUUGGGCUCUCGGUGCCCGUUGGCUCCGCAGUCGUUAUGAACGUUUCCUGCAGCGCAGCUUCCCCCGUAUCUACACCCUGCACUGCACCUUCACUGCAGGGCUGGAGGCGCUGCUGGCCGAUGCCCGGGAGGUGCGGAGGAUCCGACAGACGAUGGCCAAGAAGGGGCUGAGCAGCUCCCAGCUGAACUACAGGGACAUGGAGCGGCUGCGGCAGUUCCGCAGGGAUGUCCUGCAGGCCGUCCCCGUUGCUCUCAUCGCCAUCCCGCCCUUCGCCAACUUCCUGGUGCUGCUGCUGAUACCCCAUCCCAUCCCAUCCCAUCCCAUUGUAUCCCCCCCCUCACUCCCUGCUGUCCCACAGCGGGCUCUGAGCCGUGUCCUGUUCCUGACUCCUCUCCUUCCCACCAUCCUGGUGCGGCGCCGUCUGCUCUCCCACCUGCUGGAGAUCCGGCACCUGGACCGGGCCCUGGCCCAGCUCGGCCUGGCCCAGCUCAGUGAGGAGGAGCUACGAGCGGCGUGUUACCUGCGGGGGCUGAACCCCGCACGGCUGAGCACGGCGCAGUGCAGAGCGUGGCUGGAGCAGUGGCUGGGGCUGUCCUGUGUGCUGCAAGCCUCUGAGUCGUCCCUGCUGGCCAACAGCAUGGUGCUGCUGACCCUCAACUACACGGGAGCGGAGCAGCGCUGACCCCUCCAUUCUGUGCUCUGUGCCCCCCACCCGGGGGGGGUCUGCAGGUCAGGAGGCACCAAGGGGUGGGGAGUGCAAACCCUGCAUCCCAACAUCAGGGCGCUGCCGCUGCAGCUCUGUGUAUGUAUAUAUGGGGGGAACGGGAGUCCCCCGACCCUACAACCCCCCGCAGGAUUCAGCUCAGCUCUGAUGGUUGGGGUGGGGAGGGGUCCCUGUGCUCUGAUCUAUGGGGUCACCCCUUCCCCGUGCCCCACUGCAGUGGGGGGACCUACAAAUGUCCCCAUGUAGGAUGCAGAGCCCACUGGGUGCUGAUGGCUGCUGGUGUCAUUGGGGUCUGCAUUGGGGUCAUUGAGUUCAGUGUUGGGGUCAUUGAGUUCAGUGUUGGGGUACCUGAGUUCAGCUUUAGGGUCAUUGAGUUCAGCUUUGAGGUCAUUGGGUUUUGCAUUGGGGUCACUGAGUUCUGUAUUGGCCCAGUUGACUUUUGCUGUGUUGCCAUUCACUUGGUGCUGUUCAGUUCUGCCCC